UGUGGUUUUCACCAAUAGUUGAAAAACUCUGCGCCCUUGUUUGUACUCUGAGUGGACAAUUUGAGGACUAGCUCUGAUUAACAGCAGAUUUUAUUUUUUUAUUACAUAUCAUACUUAAAAAUAAAACGCACAUAUAUAUACACAUAUAUUCACCCACAUCGAAGAUGGAAGACGAAGACAGUUAUAUGACAUUGAAUUUACAAUUGAAAAAAAGGAGUUCCAGCCAAAGAUCCCAAGUUAAAUUUAAAGAUGGUUCUGUGAUGUCACACUGGUAUAAAAUCUUGUUGGGGAUAUCAGGAACAGUAAACGGUAUACUGGUUUUGACUUUGAUCUCCCUGUCUUUACUGGUUUCUCAGGGAAUAUUGCUAAAAUGCCAAGAAGCAAAGAGUUCAAAUAUCACCCAACAUGAUGAUAUUGGAAACCUGAUAAUGAACAGUGGCACAAGAGGAAAUAUAAGUAAUAAGGACAGAAGUUACUGUGGUUCAAAAGCUACAGGCUAUACAGGGUUGUGCCCAUCGGAAUGGCUCAAAUAUCAAAAAAAGUGUUAUUGGUUCUCUAAUGAAAUGAAAAGUUGGAGUGACAGUUAUGGGUAUUGUUUGGGAAGGAAAUCUCAUCUACCAAUCAUUCAGGACCAACUUGAAAUGGCUUUUAUACAGAAAAACCUAAAACAAGCAAAUUACGUGUGGAUUGGGCUUAACUUUACAUCCCUGAAGAGGACAUGGACCUGGGUGGAUGGUUCUCCAUUAGAUUCAAAGAUAUUUUCCAUAAAAGGGCCAACUAAAGAAAAUAGCUGUGCUGCCACCAAGGAAAGCAAAAUUUAUUCUGAAACCUGCAGCAGUGUUUUCAGAUGGAUUUGUCAAUCAAUCAAUAAUCAAUGAUCAAAGUUUUUUGCCAAUUAAGUUUUAAUAUUAAUAUUAAGGAGUAAGAAUUUAAAAGCACAAUUAAAAAAUAGAACUGUGAUUAAACAACAAAAUGUCUUCUCUAUUUUCCCUCCAUCAUCUACAUGGAUCCCAACCUUAGAGUACACCAUGUAAACAAUCUAAAAUAUGCUUUUUCAAUGUUUUAUGUGGUAAUAUAAUAAAGUAUGA